GAAAGUAUUCCAAUCCCUUAUAUUUGACCACUUUCACAUUAAUCUUCUUCUUCACGGAGAAUAACCCUCUUAGAAUAAAUUCAGAUAAGUUCUCAUUCUUGUCUUGGGGCUGACCCCUACCUAGAUAUUCAUCUGGAAGUUAAAUUUUCUCCGAGAAACUGUGUUGAUAAAGCUAGCUUGUGGAUGACACAGCCUUUGGGUGGCACUUGUUUCAAUAGAGUUGUGGUUUGUGAUUGUUUGCAGAGAUUCAAAUUGUAGUCCCAGUAAUUCGUAUAUGUAGAAUCGGUAUUCAUGCUUUCAGUUUCUACAGAUGGUACUGUAUCUAUUAAAAUGAUGCAUGGUAACUGUCAGAUACAUUCGCUAUGGCUAUGGUUAUGAUUUUCUUAAGUGUAGGUAGUAUGUCUUACUCUUAUUUUACCGAAAAUUUAUUGUUACCUUUUGCCUAAUUGUUUCGCUUUUUUCAUUUCUUUGUUAAUUUGUAGAUAGUUCAUGGAUAAAGAGCCACUCACGCCUGUUCCUUCAGAGCAACUUCUUGGACCUGGAUAUGGUCAAGGUGUAUGGCCUUUGCGUGAGCGGUUGGCAUUGGCUACAGCUCUUUUAGACGUAGAUAAUCAGCAGGGAACCUGGUCGUCUACCAGUCGUCGUCUGAUGCCAUUUUCUAAACCAGGCCGGCCACCUACAUGGUGUUCCCCUAGAGCAUGUGCGAAGCAGUACGCCUUACUUCUAGAUUCAAUUGAAUUGGUCAAGCGACAAAAUAUGCCAGGGAGUGACUCUCAGUCAAGUCAGCUGAGUUUAGCUGAGCGUGUUGUGAAGCGUUUGAGUGCUGAACGAGCAGAAGAAUUAAGGUCGCGUAUACAACGUGAACAGAAGUACUACAGUUCAUUGAAAAGUAUUAUUUCGAACGUGGAAUCUGGCAUGUACGACAGUCAGUUGCCCAUUUUGUUGGAGCAAAUCAAGUCUUUCACUGAAUCAAAAAACAAACCAGAAAAUGUUACACCUGGAAAGAAUACUUCUCAAACUAACAGUCCUUCGAAAACUGCGACUUCUACUGGAGAUACAACUACCAAUAAAUUAAAACGCCAACCAGAGGUAAAAUGCUCAGAUAAGGGAGAUUCGGGAAACGUAUCUGCUGAAAGUAGUCCACAGGGUGCUGAGGACCUUCUCGGAUUAGUGAGGGAAAUACACGAUUUUUAUCGCAUUCCUGAUUCAACAUGGUACUGUGCUCCUGGUCCGAUAAACAGUUGUAAGGCCUUUGGAAGUGUGACAAGUAGAUCUCGUCCGUCCACUGCAGCCGGUCCUGUUAAAUCCUCCCGUGUACUGGAUGAAGCAUCAUCACCACGUCGAGAAUCUGGAGUGGGUUCCAGACAUUCGGCUAAGAAAUCUAUGAAUUUUAAGUCUGGUAAACACGAUUCGGGUCAUGCUACAGCUGCUUCACGUGCUGCUGAAGCAACAAAACGAAGGUAUUUGUCAAUAGCAAGCAACAGUAAAUUUUCACCGAAAUCAAGAAAAUCCAAUCGAAAUGAGAAAUGCAUUAAAGAACCUAAAAAAUUAUCGAACGACUCUUCACGUAAAAUUCAGCGUCAAAAUGAUGUAUCCUCUACUCCUACCUCAAAAGGAAAUUUCGUAAGUCAAAGUGUCACUCGAAAAUCGAAGCUAUCGGGUUCCAUGAUGCCUCAUCAAAAGCCUAACAGUAAUAUGAUUAGAAAUACUGUGUCCGAAAAACAAGAAAUUGCUAAUACUUCUAGUGAUGAUGAUGAUGAUGAUGGUGAAAGUAAACCGGAUGAUGAGAGUUCCCUGUAUGAAGAGACAUCAACUGACAUGCAGACAGACACACCUUCGUCCACACCAUCCACAAUUGCUAUGUAUGCGUCUGAUAUUGAAGAUUUUCUGAUUGAAGAAGAUGAUAAAUCAGACAAUACUGUUCCAAUUGACGAUUCUGCUACAUACUGUGCUUUAGAUAACGAUAGACAAUUCACAGAAACGAUUGAUGAUGAGAAUGAGGCGUAUCUUUCGAAUUCUGAAGAUGAUGAUUGCUUUGCAUCAGAUGUUGCCUCGUCUCUGUCUACUGAAGCAGAUGGUAGUGGUUCGGAUAAGCCAAAUACUCCUGAUUUGACUUCGAGGACUUCUGAACCUGUGGCUGAUGAAUCUGGCCAGUUGAAUAACUCGUCCACUGAAGGAGGUCGUAAACAUCGUAAUCUUACACUUCGACUGAGUCGAAAAGGUACUCAACUUGUUGUUGUAUCUUCUUCAGAAUCAACACCUAAUUGUUCAUUGCAAGAUUUGAAUACAUCGUCAAUAGAAACAUCUGUUGAUGAUACUUCUUCUCAUGAUAGUGAUUGGCGUAGUUGGGCAAGUCAACUUCUAGGGGAUAGUGAACGAAUUGUGAAUACAUUGAUGUCAAAGAAUGAACGUUUGGUGCUUUCCCCUCGUUCCAAAAAUCAAUUGUCGGAAUCUCAAAUAAAAGAAUUGAUCGAUGAAUUACUAGAUCCUGUUGCGAGUGAUUUGAAUAAAGGAUUGGUUACAUCUAAGCUACAGUUUAUACAUCGUUUAUUGCAUCAAAUAGCUGAGACCAGAAUGAUACGACCAAGUAAUACAAUUAGACACCGUAUAGCUAUCGAGUUGUAUGAACAAUGGGUUCAACAAUUGCAAAUAGACGUUCCAGAGCCAAGUUUCACAUCAACGCCUAACUAUUCAAACGUGAAUACCUCAGUGAGUAUUGUUGAAUAACGUCUAUGUAUUAUUAUGGUUCAGUGUAUUCUUUUCGUGAAUUACUUUAUUCUGUUGAAACCAAUAAUAAUGUUAAGUAGAAGUGAGUAAACAAAACAAUGCAAUUGUGAAAGAAUUUCACAGUAGGAAAUUGUUUAUGCAGUUACAUUGUCUCUACGAGGGUGUAAUCAGUUAUGUUAAUAAUUACCUGUUUCGAUAAUGAGGAUUUCAGCGAUAAAUGUUGAUUCUGUGUAGAUACUAAUCCUCUCUGAGGUUGAGAUGCUACUGUGAGUUGAAUCCUAGGUAAAAAUUCACUUGUGUAUUUUCCUCUCCAUCAAAUAUUAACCUAUUCAUCAUCAGAUUGUUAGUUAUUGAGAAAAGAGGAUUUAAUGAGUCGGCAUUGUUAAGUGUUGGUUUGUGGAGAUUUGAUUUGAUUUCAAGUUUGAUGAUGGAGUGAAAUCGGGUAGGAGAUCAUUGGGCACCAGGAAGUACCGGACAGUUGUUUCCUUCUAGUUCUGAACUGUUUGGCGGUACGGACUCAGUCAG